CUUCCCUUCCUCUCUCACCUCCAUAGUCGGAUGUUUUCUGUGCAGCUGAACAGCCCAGCCGGCAGCCUGCCAUGGGGCCCUGCUCAGGAUACCUCCACCCUUGCAGGGCUGCCUGGCUCCUGGGAGUCGUCAGCCUCCUCCUCAGUGCUCGCAGCGCUGAGGCCAGGAGCUCUGGAAUGAACGAUUCUAGAGCCCAGUCUUCUCAGAAGAGGAUCCGAGGAGGUUCCGCCUUGUUCCAUGUGGAGAAGAAUCCAGGAGAAGAUCUAGGAGCAGAGCUGGAGGAGAUCACAUGGUCCUUUGGCCCUCCAUCAGGCUACAGGGAAAUGCUGCGAGUCCAUCGGGGGGCAGACGCUCCAACCUGGCUUGGCCUCCGGGACAAGUACGGGCAGAGGGUCCAGGUGCCCAGCGUGACAUCCCUGAGGAUCGAGAACCUGAUCUCUGAGGACAGUGGGCGGUACUGGGCUCAGGUCACCCUAAGUGGAGGAAGAAAAUGUGACCAGGAUUUCUUCCUCACUGUCUGUGAACCUGUGCCCUCCCCCAAGAUCCUGAUCCAGUCAACAUCCGUCUCGUCAGACUGGUGCAAUGUCACCCUGCUAUGCUCAACCUCAGGAACUACAGAGAGCCUCAUGGUGACCUGGGAGAGCAAGGACAUCCCCAGAGAACUAGAGCAGAGAGGGAUGCCAGGACCAGUCCCCAACCCCUGGACCCUGGCUCUGAGGCUUCCCUUGAGCCAGCGCAAUGCCAGCCUCACAUGCAUGGUCAGCAAUGAUGUGGACCAGAAAAGUGACACCUCAGACCUUGGGACCAUCUGUGACAAACAAAACAGUACACAAGAAUCGGCCGUGAAUGGACCCCUGAGAGGCAUCAUAGGAUUUUCUGUGGUUGUGCUGUUGAUCCUGGGGGCUGGACUGCUUUGGAAGACUUGUGAGAAGAAGAAGAAGACAGAGAUCAGAAGAGGUGCAGAAUUGCAGGAAGAACACAGGGAUGAUCACGAUAACAUCCAGUAUGUAGAUCUGAUGCACCCGGAGCCUCGGGACGAUAACAACAAAGCUGUCAGUGGACAAAAUCUGGAGGAAGAGGGGCCUCUCACUACUGUCUACAGUGAGAUCCAUAAACCAGGUCAGGCCAUGAAGAUCAUUUAAUUGGAGGAAGCAGGAGGAAUCCAGCACUCCUAGACACCUUCACUUGAGUUUGAUACCUGCAGACAUCUGCCUGGCCCAACUUCAGUCCUGCUCCAGCUCCUGAUCUGCAUUAUCCUGAACUUGUGGCCCAUUUCCUGAGAACCAGUGGUUCUAUCAUUUCCUUUGCCCCCUGUAGCAACUUCCCAGACUUGGAGACUAUGUAGAUUUGCUGACCAUACCCUUGAGGGGAGUUAGGACCUGGGGUUUGGAUGAUGAGUUGGGAAUUAUGGCUACAACAUGAGUAGGUGGGAGCCUGCAAUGGGGCUCAUCCAAGACUUCUUUUGUAGACCUUGCAUAGGGCUUCUCUUGAGGGAUAAAGCUGUGUGUGUGUGUGUGUGUGUGUGUGUGUGUGUGUGCAUGUGCGCAUGUGCAUGCGUUUGUGUGUGGGGUGGAUCUAGUCCACAUUAUAUCCUUUGACCAGAAAAGACCACAUUAUACAUUCCAUAGUCUGAGGUUCCAAGACCACCUUCCUGUGGAGUAAGAAGUAUUUGCAUUAUCCCAAACCCUUUCAGCUUUCUGUUUACCAGAGAGUGACCUCAGCAGUCUAAGGUCAGGGGUUGUAUUCUUGGGAAAGCAGUUUCAGGUCUUUUCCUGUUCUGGGAGAAGAUACUUGUGGUGAGAGUGAAUGAGCAGUACAACUCAUUCAUCCUGAUGGGGUUAUUGUAGGCCCUGGUCGGUGAAGCUUAUGCCAAAAUCUGAUUCAACCAUCUCUUGCCUCUUCUGCUGACCCUCAGCCUUGCUGGUCCCAAACCCCAGGAUAUCUUCCUUUCUGCUCACUUGUAUCCCCGUUUGGAAUUGAUGGUUAUCUGUUCCUGUUCCUCCCUCUCAGCCCUGCAUGUUGGAAUCCUCCUAUCCUUCCCAAAACCCUCUCUCAUGGCCCUGUUCCCUGGAUCCUGCCUGGAUCUCAGAGAUUUAAAAAGGCCUCUCCCAUAUCUGACCUUCGCAAACACCUUCACCAUCACUUAAAGCCUCUGCCACAGCCCCUGUUUUAGAGUCAUGAGUCUUCCCGCUGGUUGACUUCUGGCUCCUUCAGGAUUGUGGUGGGGCUGUGUGAAGCCAGUGAAAGGGAGAUAAGAUCUCUCGUUGUGAAGAAGCUGAGCCACCUUCUUUCACUCAGAAGUCUGGAAGCAAGGGUGAGCAUGACGACUUCCCAUGACCCGGCUCAGAGGUCCAAAUUAGAGAUUUAUUUACCUCACUUCCAGUUGCCUGAAGACCUUGUGAAGUCUGUAAUGUGUUGUAUGGAGGCUUCUCUCUCUCGUGGUGUCACCACCUCCUUUCAGCCUCUGACUCCUGCCUUGGACCCCAGCUCUUCCAUCAGAGAUGGGCUGAAUCUAGUUUCAUGAGCUUCUUUGACUUGUUUGGUAGCCUAGAUUCCUAGGAUUCUUGGCUCCUUCCAGGUCACCUCUGCUGAACUGUUGCCUCCUCUUUGACCUCAGAUACCAAAGGUCUGAGCAAGGUCCAUGCUAAACACUGUGGCAUUUGAAGCCAUGCUAGGAGUCUGCUGCAUGGCAGCUAGAUGAGGGAGGAGGUAGAUGAUUCAUAAUAGGAGGCUCCAUCUCUUCCCUCUUUCCCCUUUGAGCAGGAAGCUGAAGGUGCGUGUGAUGCCUUGGUCAUGGCUGAACAUCAGUAGUCCUCAGCCCCGAAGCAAUGAAAAUGUGACCAUGCAAGUGGCCCUUACCACCCUACCCAAGGCAGAAAAAACAAAAGAAAACAAAACAAGCAAAACAGGCAAGGAAGGAAUUGGGCUUUCAAAUCUCUUUUGGACCAGGUAUUGUCUUAGGUAGUUUAUUAUUUCUUCUAAUUCUUACAAGAACCUUCAAGGGUACAUGUUGAUAAUGGAUAUCUCAAACUAGUUGGUGGGGAGCAAAGCCUUAAAUCCAGCAUAGAUAUUUCAAAGUUCCUACCCUUCUAGUCACCGCUGAAGUCCUUGGAAUCAGGAAUUUUCAUAUGAGAAUAUCCUUCAGAUUCUCUCCCAAAGAUCCUGGUCUCCUGAUUUAUGUGCCUCACCAAGACUGAGCUCCCUGAUGGAGAUGGUAGUGUUUGAAAGAGGAAUUUUCCUGCACAUUGAUAGUGGGAGUCUUGUUGUGUGUGGAAAACAUGAAUGAGGAAUUUUAUAUUCUUGUUUAGAAUAGAUAUGCAUAGAUAUUCUUUUUUAAAAAAAUCUUUGUCCAAGUUUCCUCUUUCCAUGUAAGACAUGUCUUGGAUGUCACCCAUGUCCUCAAAUCCACUACCUCUCUGAAGUAUUAUUUAUAACAUUAUUUUGUAGGUUUUAUAUAAGACUCUCACUCCCACUUAGACUUUUAACAAUUCCGUGGAACAAACCCCCUCAUUGUGCAGAUGGAAAGACUAAAAUCUGACAUGGUCCCUGAAGACUUUGGAUCUGGAAUUUUCAGAUGGGAAUAUCCUUCAGUUCCUCUCCCAAGGUCCUGGUCUCCUGACUCAAUGCCCCAUUCAGACUGAGUUCACUAGUGACAGAGCAGCUGGUGGUUGAAAGAGAAGCUUCCCCUUUCAGGACAAUUGAGGCUUUGAUAAAGGUGGAAAACAUGGAAUGAAGGACUUCGCACUCUCGUUAGACGAGGUGUUUAUAGAUAUUCUUCUUAGUUUAUCUUUGUUUUAGUUAUUUUAUUUCUCCAUACAAGACAUGUCUGGGAUGUCACCCACAUCGUUAAAUCUGUUAUUUCUCUGCAUUAUUAUUCAUAACAUCAUUCAAUAGUCUUUACAUGAUACUCUCACUUAGACUGUCAACAGUUCUGUGGGGCAAAAAUUCCAUCAUGCAAAUAGAAAGACCAAAAUCCAAAGAUGUGAAUUACCUUAUUCAAAUUCCCUCAAGUAUGUGUUGAAAUUAUGGUUUGACCACAGGGAGUUACAUCUGUUUUGACUCCUUUUCCUUUCUCAUCCCAGAUACCUAUAAAUCAUCAUGUACCAUUGAGUGAUUAUUUAUAAAAUUUCUUGUAUGUCCUCCUCUCAUUCUUUCAUUUGUAUCUUCUAUCUUCUUUUUUUAAAAUAAUUUUUAAUUUAAUUUUUAUUUAUUAUUUUUACAUUUGACCACAUAGAAAGAGACAGAGAGAGAAAACAAGCUGCCAGGUCCAGGACUCAAACUGUGAGUCAUGAGGUAGUCCAGCAUUCCAACCACCAUGCCACCUGCCAGCCCCUCUGUCUUCCAUCUUCAGCUGCGCCAUUUUUAUAUUCACACCAGAAAUAUGUGAAGCUUUCUUCUUAUCCUUGCCAACUCUCUCUUUGCUUGAUAUGCCAGAGUAUACAUUUAUUGAGGAAAGAGAGGAAAGUGAGAAAGCAUUCCCCAUAGAGAACGGUCACGCUGCAAUCCCUUCUGUAUUUCUCCCUCCACUCCAUGUUUUGUUCUGUAUGCACAUACAUCCAGAAAGUGUUUUUUUUUUUAAUAAAAAUGUAUUUAAUAAAGA